AUGACUUUCUUCCGUUGCCGACCUUUUUCUUCUCUCACGCAGUGGCUCACACUGACCAUGGAGGUUGCCACAACAGCUUCUAGCUUCGCACUCAACAAGCCCAUGUUGGCAUUGCCGUCUUCGUCUCGAAUCGUAACCCCUAUCAGAGCCAUGAGCUCCUCCACCUCCUCCGUCAGGACCUCUCUCUCCACCAACUUUGUUGCCCCUUGUGCCGGAAUCAGCAGCGCCUAUAGCCAUUUCUCCGGCCACAAGCUCCGACCCUCCUCCCUUAACCCGGCGUCAUUUCGUGGCUCCAACGCCAAACGAGGAGUCGUUACCAUGGGAGGUGAGAAGUUGGGUUAUGAGACUGAGGCCUUUGCAAUUUAUGACGUGAUGAGGUAUGUCAAGCCUCCUAUUUUUACUCUUUGUGUUGGUAAUGCUUGGGGAGAAGCAGCAUUGCUUUUGGCUUCAGGUGCAAAGGGAAACCGCUCUGCUUUGCCAUCAUCAACAAUAAUGAUAAGACAGCCAAUUGCAAGGUUUCAAGGUCAAGCAACAGACGUUAACCUUGCAAGAAGAGAAGUCAAUAAUGUGAAGACUGAAUUGGUUAAAUUGUAUGCAAAGCAUAUGGAAAAGUCACCUGAGCAGAUUGAAGCUGAUAUUCAGCGUCCAAAAUAUUUCAGCCCUAGAGAAGCUGUUGAGUAUGGUAUCAUAGACAAGGUUAUAUACAAUGAUAGGGGGUCUGAAGACCGUGGAGUUGUUUCUGACCUUAAAAAGGCACGGCUUAUUUGA